CAUUUACCUGCGGAAGCAAUGUGGUGGAUAGCUUUUUUGGGGGGUGGGAUUCUACACGCAGAGUAAACGGAUUCGCAGCAGAAAAAAAAAUGCCUCGUCUCAGGUCCAACAUCGCUGCGCACGGGCUUACAUUUCAAGCAAACCCGCUCUUCCGUAUAUUUGUACUUGGUGUACGCACGCUGUAAACAUGGCCAGUUCCAGCCAAUUCGCCAUGCCAUCACUGACAACCCCCUACACUAGCAGCUCGGAGCAAGCAGGCGCGAGCACUAGCAGUGAUGUGGAGCCUCUGCCAUUGAUCGAUUUGGAAGUACAAUAUACCCUGGAGCAUAUCAAUGCAUUGCGGAAUCCUUUCAUGAAAAUGUCAGCCAUGACAGUGGCCACCUUGAUCCUUGUUAUGCCUAACCUUCGUAACAGAGAGCUAUACAAGUGCGCGUUGUUAAAUCGAGAAAUAUCUAGCCUAGCCAACGCCAUCCUUUGGAAAAAGCCCGAUUUCGAUAGCCAAUCCCAUUCACCUUUGCACUGCUUCAACAAGUUUCUAAAUUGCUUGUUAAUUUUGCGUCCGUCAAUGCCAAAGUAUAUUCAUGAGAUUGAUCUUGCUCUGAUAGAGGAGACUCUCUAUGAAUACGUUUCAGAAGACUGGUUUGAUACAAUUGUUCGACACUGCUCGGAGCUUCAAGUGUUGCGAGUUCCAAAGGCUCGCUUCCUUUCAGCAGCAACCAUUCGAAAAAUCCAUCCAUAUGCGACUUUACCCAAGCUACACACCUUGGAUCUCUCGCAUUGUGAUCAUGUCAAUGAAAAGGUCUUGAAAAGGCUUGCCGAUCUCGCUUUGAACCUUCGGUCAUUGAAACUCACUCACAUCAGCGGCCUUUCCGAUGCUGCGCUCUCGGAACUGGUUUAUACCUGCCACAACCUUUCGUCCAUGGACAUUUCAUACGCGAAAAGUCUGACCAAUGCAUCUUUGUAUUCGGUGGCCAAAUUUUGUACCAUUCGACUACGAGAGCUGGAUCUAUCCCACAACGAGCGCAUAUCGGACGACGGAUUAAAAAUCGUCGCCAAAUACAAUAUUCAUUUAACCUACCUUAACUUAUGUCAUAUAUCGAAAAUCACAGACGUAGGGAUCAAUAUGAUAAUCAAGAAUACGUCAAGAAACCUAAAGCUUUUGCACCUUUAUGGUUGCAAAGGCCACAAAGACCCAAUGACCACCAUGAAGCUGAUUGCUUCCGAAUGUCAGGCUUUGCAGUCAUUGACUAUUUCAUGGCAAAUGGUCAAAGACAAUAUUGGUGUGUUUAAAGAUUUUAAGGCACCUUUAGUACAUCUUACCAUUAACAAGAUACCGGAACAUACACCUAUGAAAGUACUGGAACAAUUGGUGGACCUGUUUCGCGGAACGAGGUUGCGAGUCAUUACAUUCACGCGAGACUGGUAUUCGAGUGAUUUCGUAUGGGGUACUUACGCAACUGUCAAGUCUUCUGGCUACUCUGAAAUUAACUCUGCUAAUGUGAAUGAAUUUAACUUAAACACUGACAGCCAUAUCAUUGCGUUGCUAGUCAAUGAACGCGAUCAAAGUGUUGGCUAUGAAAUGCACAAUUGGUAACAUGUAUAAUAAAAUCACUUAAUGUAUGUUUGGGCUCUUUUGUUUUUU